GAACUGACUAAACGUGAAUCGAAAAUUGUCGCACUGGAAGAAUGUUUACAGCAAAAGGACAUCGAACUGAAUGAGUUCGCUGAGAGAAUGAGGCUAUUUGAAGAAGAUUUGUCAGAGAAACGACGAGCAGUUGAGCAGUUGGAGGGGGAACGCACUGGUUUGGAAGAGCAACUGCAAUUGCAGAAACGCAAUUUUGAUCAGCUCGGCUCAGAACGAAAAGAACAAGAGGGCACACUGCGCGGAGAGAUCGAAAAACUCAAGAAAGCAUUGCAGACAGCUCAAACGAAUGCAUCAAACGUAAUGAAUUUUUUUGAUAAAUUGGAACGAGAGAAGCGAUCUCAAGAGGAGUGCACACUCGCACUGAAGAAAGAUUUUGAGGCGAAACUUGCAGUUGCUGAUACAAAGAUGGUUGAUCGAGAAAAGGAUUUCCAAAAGAGAAUCGCUGAAUUCAACGAACAAUUANACGAACAAUUAGCGGAGAGUAGACGUGAUACGGAGGCGCAAAUGGUGGUCGUUAAGGCGAAAGAAGAGGAAUUGAGGAGUCUGAAUGCACAACUCGAAUCGCUGAAUAAGAACCUGAGCAAAUCCGAAGCUAAAUAUGCAGAGCUGGAAAAGAAGGCGUCCGCAUGGACAGAAGAGAAGAAAGCCUUGCUGGAAAGAUGUUUGAAUACGGAAAGUGAUCUGGAUUUUGAGCGCGAACGAGCGGCUGAGAACAAGCGCCGUUUCGAUAACGCGCUAUCGGCAAUGCAUGAAUUGGGUCGUGCCAACCAGUCACUUCAGGUUUGA